GUUUGAUUUCUCUCUUCGUCUGCUACCGGAUUCUCCCGAGAAAAAAAAAAUCAUUCCCACCUCAACCCACCUUUUAAGUAAAUUGGAGAGAUGAAACUUGUUCAGGGUGUUCUACGGUCCCUUGCAACUGGUAUUUCACCUAGCUGCCGGCGGUUGUCAGUUGCCAGGACUUUUGCUACAAACAGUGCUUCAGCUUUCGACAAUUAUGAGAAUACAAACUUGUCAGAGACCAUGGAGGAGUUUGAGAAAAACAUUUAUGGCGAUCCUCCAGACGGCAGUCAGGGUUCAAGUUCCUUCUAUCAGAAGUUAGAUCAGCAGAAGAAAGCUCUUGAAAGAUAUGCAAUGAACUCCAAGUCAAAUGGUCUUAGAAGAUCAGGAUUUGUGGAUGGUCUAGAUGAGAGUUUCACAACUUUGACUGAUGGUAUGGAGGGAAAAUUGAAGGAUGCUGCUACUUACUUUGAAUAUGAUGCGAACGAAGUACAGAAAGAUGAUUACAAGUACAGAUCUGAUGUCACAUUUUGGCCUGGUAAUACUUAUGAUAGUAAGGAUCUUGAUCUUACAAAACCAGGUGUUCGUAAACCAUCUAAAAGACCAGAGUUUGAAGUAACAACAGCUGAAGUUCUACAAAAAGCUGAUUUCAGGAACGUUCAGUUUCUUGCUAACUUUAUAACUGAGGCUGGAGUGAUCAUCAAGAGAAGCAAGACCAAAAUCAGUGCUAAAGCCCAGAGAAAGGUCGCUAGAGAGAUAAAGACGGCCCGUGCCUUUGGAUUAAUGCCUUUCACAACUAUGGGAACAAAACACUUCGUUUAUGGCAGGACUAUGGAGGAUCUUGACAAGGAUUAUGAGUAUGAAGUUUAUGAUCACAAUUUUAUUGACACGGAUCCUUAAACUCUUUUGUUUGAAAUAUUUCACAAUGAAAUAAGCCUAGAAACAGAGUGAAGUUUCUUUUUGUGCCUAUGUAACUUUUGUUCUUUUUGUGCCUAGAAACAGGAUUAUGAUGGCCCUUGUUGGGCACAAAUAAUUUUUUUGUAGUACAACAGGGAUACUUUUUGAUUAAGGAUUUCAGUCUGUAGAACUAUUCUUUUCUUCUCUUUAUGAGUAUGAAAGGCUGUAUUUAUAUUU